AUGCUGUAUACUUUCUACCGGGAGCUUGCUGGGGCGUUGCUUGUCGUUCUUACCGCCUACUUCAAGUGCAGCUUCCUUUAUUAUGACAUUGGACUGUUUGUUGAUUCGGUCAAUGUUGAGAUCUUCGUCGCUGAGAUUUUUAGAAUGAAGAUGAUCAUACACAUAACCAGGAGGAUAUUGUGGCUUUUUGCUCUGGUGCCAAGUUCAUCUGCUAGAAUGCCAUUAGAGAUGAAAACUGGAGAAACGGCAGAUCCUUCACUUCAGGCGAUCAGUGCAGUACUGAAUCCUAAAACCCGUGCUCCCUGUUCCCUCCUCCUGUUCAGAGAUCCACUUACAGCCUCCGACUUCUCUCUGGAUGUGAAGCUGCUGUUCGAACUAUGGAGUGUAGGGGAGUUUGAAAUGGCGACUGAUAGUGAUAACAUAACUCUGGAUAUGUCCUUGCUAAUUGCUGAAGCUCGGAAGGUGCGUAAUUCGUAUUACUGUACUAGAGUGGUCGUACUGAGCGACGACCCCGCCUUCCUGGCCUCCUUCGCCGAGUCGUCGCUCCGGGGCCGCCUCCUGGUGUGGGCCACGAGGCUCCUGGUCGUCACCCGCCUGCCCCUUCAGGAGCUCCGGCGGCUCCUCUCCUCCUCCUGGACCUUCUCCAUGAUGAACGCCAUGGCGCUCUUGAUAGAUGACGGUUCAGGAUACCGAAGUUGUCGUGUUUACGCCCAUUUACCGUACAGUCCAACUGGGGCGCGGGUGGUUCGCGUGGCUUCGUGGUCUUCUUCAGGAGGCUUGACCCUCGCCAGCCGCCACCAGCUUUUCCCACAGAAGUUUACGAACUUCCACGGCGCCACAGUGAACAUCACUGCUCUACCUUUCCGACCUUACUGGAUAGAGAGGACCACAGUGGCACCCAAUGGCACUGCUGCCACGACGUACACGGGAUCGGACGCCCUCAUGAUGCACGCUAUGGCACAGACGCUCAACUUCACUUUCAACGUUCUUCCUUGUGCGGAUUGGAACGAGGUCGGGUUUCGAGAUCAGACGAAGUUGACAUUGAUGCUGUCACUGGUGACCUCCAAAGUGGUAGAGCACGAGUCCUUCAUCGCCUCAGUGACCCACGUCCACCUCCCACAACGCGAGAAGCAAUACGAUUUCUCCUACAACUACGAGUACACAUAUGUGGUCUUCAGUUUGGCCAAGCCGUCGCUCCGUCCCAAAUGGCAGGGCUUGUACUAUCCUCUGAGUAACGAAGUGUGGCUCUGUAUCUUACUGGCGCUUCUUUUGACUCCAUUUCUCGCUGUGCUGGCGACCUACAACAGUGAAGGUGAAGCAGACAUCAAGACAAUGAGCCUCAAUUUGAUCGGGUCCCUGUUGGGGCAGAGCAUGGCGUCGAGGCGCGGAGAGAGCGCCGGCAGCCGCGUCUUCGUGGCCUCUUGGCUCGUCUUCGCCUUCAUCGUGGGCACGGCCUACCGGGGCAACCUCACCGCCGCCCUCACGCUGCCUAAGUACCCGCCGCGGGUCGAGACCCUUGCCCAGCUCGUUGAGACGGUGGACAGGAUUACGAUGCCACCUUAUGGGAGGGACUUCCAAGCUUUCUUUAUGCAGUCGGAGUCGGAGAUUUACAAAACUCUCGCCUCGAAGAUGGAAAUCGUGCCAGAUAUUCUCUCUGGCCUAAAGCAGAUCACGAACAAGGCUCCUUUACACGAUCAGUCUCCAGCUAUGGUGUUCGGCCACGCUACGGGUUUUGCUGAGGUGUGGGGUCGAAGUGUGGUGUUAAGCACCAUUGAGCGGGACUGGGUCACCGUCUACACUAGUCAAAAGUCCCACACAGACUCGGAGAGGUAUUUGAGACUUGCAAUCGCCGAGCACUUCACGCUGGCCGACGGGAGCAACGACCUGUACCUAGGCCGCGAGAGGGUCCUGUCCUCGAUCGCCGGCCUUCCGAUCCCACACGACGCGCCCUACAAGCCCCAGAUUGAUCGGUUCCUCAUGAUGAUGAUCGAGGUCGCUUGUCACGGAUGUUUUAUUACUGUAUGGAUGGCGAAUAUUGAUGAAUGCACAGAUAUCUGA